GGAUACCCUGGCAAAGGCGCCAUUUUGCCAGAGGGUGAUAAUGUCGGUUCAAUGUUCGUUCUCUUUGCAAUCAUCCACAAACGCAUUCAAAAAUUGGUUCCAGUCAGUAUCUCAAUUGAGGAGUUCAAGAGUGUACUAGAACACGCAGACAAAUAUGGACUUGUACACUGUCUGGAUAACACGAUUCUCGAGGCAUGGAUGCCCAAGACAGAGGAAAGAGGAAAGCUAACGUCCGCUGCCGAUAUUGUCUGGCUCGCCUGGAUCGCCAGAACAAUCGGUGCGGCAGAAGUCUACCACGAAACGAUCGCCAGACUGGCCCUUCUGUAUACAGAUCUCAGUAACCCUGACGUGAAUAUUUUGUCUGGGUGGGUGAAAGUAUACGACGAAAUUAAGAAGGACGUAAAGAAGUUUCGACAAGAAGCCAUUAGGGCUACAAUAAGCUACCUGAAUAUGUUUCUAGAUCCCGCCUCAGAGCACAAACACUGUGUAAACAAAGAAGCAACUGCAGAGGACCGUGAGAAAUGUAACUCAAGGAUAUUUAACUCCGUGGAACAGUUCAUCAUUACGGACGGACCUGAGUUCGCUUGCUUCGUCGAAAAUGAGGAAGACCUUGUUCAUGACAGGGGUCAGUAUAUCGGGAAGAUUUUGAAGACAGUGUGCUCUACCAUCGAGGGUCACGAGUCUUGUGAUCCUGUCUUCAGGAUUUCGCAUCCUAUAGGAGGCAGCGUUUGGCCAGAGCUCGACGUUGAAUUGCAGACAGAGAUCAAACAGCGAGGAAUGAUCUCGGGAUGGAUCGCGCAGAAGUGAGACCAAAUAGGCUUCUGAGCAAAUCGUGAGGAAUUUAUGCUUCCUCCAAGCUCUAGAGGCAUUCAUCCAGGGCUUUACAUCAUAUCAUCUAUUAUUGGGAUGAUGUGGCCGAAGCGCAAUAGGAGAGGUGGUUUACUAAUGAGGGAAAUUGCAAGAAUACGACCGGUUCAUUCUCCUUGCUUCUUCUCUUUCAAGUUGGGU